AUGAAAUGCCGACCGGUAUCGGACGAACGAUUCGUCAUGACGAACAAAAUGUAUCCUGCACCAAAACGUAUCAUGCUCCAUUCUGGUCUAAUCGCUGAGGUGUUGGGUAUAGACCCAUACCCAUCCGACUGCGAAAAUCACAACGACUUGAUCACGCUGUAUAGUCAUUACUCUAGGUGCAGCGCUGGAAGCGAUAACUACUGCAAUAACGACGGCCAGAGCUGUGGACGCCGAAACAGUCAGCCGGUAAACAUCGGACGUCCGUCUAGGCCUGUGUUCCGGGACCAGAACGCCGCCCAAUCCGCCCAGCCUGUGCGCUCUGGGUGUCCGUACCGGCCUGACCAACCCAGGAUACAGGAUAGACCGGUGGACCUGUUUGGACCGUCACCGGCGAGGAUUUCUCGGAGCCGGCGCAGCACUUACGACGUGCAGCCGCCACGGUGUGGUGACCAAAACGCCCGGCGGGGCACUUACGACGUGGAGCCAGAACCGCAGGGCAGCCGACGCGGCACUUAUGACGUGCCACAGCCGUACGCCGCGCUCCAGCAAAAUGACCGGAGGGGCACUUACGAUGUGCCACAGCCGUACGCCGCGCUCCAGCAAAAUGACCGGCGGGGCACUUACAACGUGUCGCAGCCGUGCCCCGCGCUCCAGCAAAAUGACAGGCGCGGCACUUACGACGUGUCGCAGCCGUGCCCCGCGCUCCAGCAAAAUAACCGGCGCGGCACUUACGACGUGUCACAACCGUGCCCUGCCCUCCAAAGGAACACUUGUAGUGACGUGCAACCGCAGCCAGAGCGAACAUCCAACUGUGGAGGUUCGGGGGGCAAUACUUUCACGGUGACCGGCACCUUCCAGUUGCUGGACGGGUUCCAGGGACUGUCGACUGGGCGGCAGCCACCGCGUGGCCAGUCGUCGUCAGCCAACAGGCUGCACGACACCGACGGCGACAUCAACGACUACCUCGACAAUCAUCAAGACGUUGACAUGGUGGCGCCACGGUGUGUGGCGGUGCCUGGACAGCCGUACGUGGACAUCGACGAGUCAGACGCGAACACGACGCCCGACAAUUGGCGCCUGACGUUGGGCAACCGCCACUCGUUGGGCUCGCAAGGACUGGGCAUCCUGAGUCCUGUGGCCUACGACCACUACAACAGUGGUUCUCGGGAUACGUCGGGAAGGGGCCAGUGGCCGUCAAUCGACCGCCAGUCCUAUGCCGUUUGGUCUCAACGAUUCGUUCGGCAUGAGCGGUGCGUCAACGCCACGCGACCGCCAGUCGAGGGCCAGGUCCGCCGCCCCUGA